GAGAACUGUCAUGGCGCCGGGUAUGUCGAAAUUUUGCCUCUCUGCCGUCUGCUUCGCCGUUUUCUCCUCUUUCUCCCAGCUGUCUUCCACCGGGUGAGCGCGGGACCCUCUUCCAAUUAUGGCUCAGUGACGGACCUUCGCGCUGUCGCGGUCUUUUGCCAGGCACGAAACGACCAGAGAAGUCGUGUGAAGUGCAGUACUGCGCAACCCGUGGACAUACUGCGACAUGCGCUGAACUGCAGUAGUGCAGAGAACUUCAAAAUUUUUGCUGACGUCGGAACAUUUUCCACCGUUAUAUCAGCACGGCUACCGAUUUUUAUUGUGCAAUACGAGAAGAAUUCAGUAACUCUAUUUUUUUAUGACAAGACUUAAUAGCAGAUUUUCUUGAUAUAUCUGGCUGGCAGUUUCUUUAUAGGAAAUUGACUGGCUCCUCGUCUCAGGGCUUCCAAAAGUUUUUCUGUUGUUGACAAACUGUGAAUUGCAUCAGUUCUGAGCAAUCAAAGGAAAGCUCCUUGGAGUAAUCUACACGAACAAGAUGUCCAAGACAACAAAGAAGAAGCACGUUGCCAGGGAGGUCUUGGAGGAGUUCGUUUUGCCAGAGGGGGAUCAACAAAUUGUCAGGGUAGUGGCCAGUAGAGGGGGUAACCUACAUGAGGUGGAGACAGUCAAUGGUGACCACUUCUUGGCAAGCAUGCCCACCAAGUUCAGGAAGAACAUCUGGAUCAAAAGAGGAGACCAUGUCAUAGUUGAGCCCAUUGAAGAAGGUGACAAGGUUCGGGCUGAGAUCCAGUUUGUUCUGUACCGUGACCAGAUCAAGUACAUCAUAGAGGAGGGAGCAUGGCCUCAAGCUUUUGAAGUCUUAGGGCUGACAGACAAGCAACAGGAUCAAAAUGGUCACCAAACUGAAAGCAAAGCAGACCCUCUUGCCUCAAACAACAACAAAGGUACACCUGCAGAUUCAGAGGAAGAUGAGGACUCUGAUAAUGAUGAUGACCUGUUUGUCAACACCAACCGUCCGGUUGUGGAGAUGUACACUGACACGGAAGACUCCAGUGAGGAGGAAGAGGAAGAGGAGGAGGAAUACAGACAAGAAGAUGGGGAGGCUAUUGAUGAAUAGACAUUGAUGCUCCUUUUAGACUGCUUUUAUAUAUGCAGUGUGAAGAGACUUUGUGUCAGAGACUUAAGACCUAUGGACAUCAACAUUGGACCCAAAUGCUUCACUAAAAAUAGUUUGAAGUGGCAUUAGAUUGAUCAAUAGAUGACAGGGCUCCUAUCAAAGCAAUCUUCAUAAUUGGGAUACAUGUACUUGCAGAAAAGUACGUGUACAAACAUGUAUGUACGUUUUGCAUAAGAUAUCUUAGAACGUGAUACAAUGUAUUGGGAAGAGAUUAAGAUACAUAAACCACAUAUCCUUUAAUUG